AGCUAUGGUCCUGGGGCAGUAGCGGGUGGUCGGCGUGCGCGCCUGGGGCUUUGGGCCAACACCGAGCAAUUGAGAAUGCGCGACAAUCUGACCACGGCUUUAGGGCUACCGCACUGUUUUAUAUGGGAUAAGGGCAUCGUGGGUAUUGGCUUGGCGCGCUAGGGGCUCAGCCGGCCCACUUCCAGGGGGGGGUCGGGACCAAAUGUCGGUGGCAACCGACAGCUAACCGCUGAGUUGGACACCCCGAACCCCUGUGCGGGGCCGAGCUGCGGGCACGCGGGGGGAAGUCCGCGCGCGCCCUCGCAAUUUCACAGGGCGUUGGCCCAGCAAUUAAUCUUACAUGAAUACACUCCAAUUCCCCGCCCCCGACCCCGACCCCGCCCCCGACCCCGACCCCGACCCCGACCCCGACCCCGACCCCGACCCCGACCCCGACCCCGACCCCGACCCCGACCCCGACCCCGACCCCGACCCCGACCCCGACCCCGACCCCGACCCCGACCCCGACCCCGACCCCGACCCCGACCCCGACCCCGACCCCGACCCCGACCCCGACCCCGACCCCGACCCCGACCCGGUCACCGGGGCACGCUCCAUGGAUCGCAUGGCGGUCCGUUAGUGGGAUUACUGGGCCUCUUUCCAGUCGAUUUAGUGGCGCCCCCUUUAGAAUGCUCCGCCGCAGUACGGCUGCCUUUGGGAUUGCAAUACCAACGCUAAAUAUACCAGGAAACAAAUCGGGGCGGAGUAAAGCCGAGGUCGGAUUUUGCGACCUGGUCGGGGACUGCCUUUCCCAAGGCGUGACACGCGGCAAACACCCAGCAAGCCAACUGACAGGCCUUCGUCGCAAUUAGCCUAAA